GUUUUCUUGAUGGAUCCAUGGUGGAAUCCUGCUGUGGAGCGGCAGGCGCAAGACAGAAUUCAUCGAAUAGGCCAAUUCAAACCAAUAAGGAUUGUGAGGUUUAUUAUUGAAAACACCGUUGAGGAGAGGAUCUUAAAGUUGCAGGAGAAGAAGGAAUUAGUAUUCGAGGGCACGGUAGGUGGAUGUUCGGAGGCACUGGCCAAAUUAACAGAAGCUGAUCUGAGAUUCCUGUUUGUGACUUGAGUUUCAUCAGGUCUGCUGGAAAAUUUUAGGAUUUUGUCGUGUCGUUCGGUUAGUGUUUCCUUUUGAUGAACGAAUUGCUAAAACUAGUCGGUAUUUUUGACACCUUUCGGCAAAGAAAUAUCUUUGCCUGUUGUUGUAAUGUAACAGAUCUUUGAUGAUGCUAGACAUUAACAUAUGAAUGUAUUACAGUUUAUUGCA